AACGAGUCGCGCGCGCGUCUGUCUUGUCUUUUUCCAUCAAUUCGUAAACUGUCAAAUCAAAUCGAAAUCGUUUCAAAAUAAAAGAUCUAAUUCAGAUGAUUAAAAGAUAAAGAUAAUCUAGAAUUGUGUGCAGUGAAAACUGGUGGUGUUAUAGUAUAGUUUUGCUGUUCAAACAGUGAAAAAGCAUAAUGGAUAUAAACGAAGGGACUACAGCAGACGACUUAUGGACGCCAUACAAGGAGUUGGUAUCAGUGGUGGAGGGCUACCUUGCUCACGAGGGCAAAGGAGCCCCCUAUGCUGUGCACACAUUUGAAUCAGUACUGCGGCGGCAUAAGCAAACAUUUUUGUCUCUGUUCAAAAAUCCGCCAAAGAACCCUGCUAGCCGAGAAGAGAUUAAGCGAGGUAUCACAGAAGGUGUUAACUUACCAAGUAUUGGGAGGACACUCCUCUCUAAAGAGCUUGUAGAUGAAGCUAUUAUCAUAUCAGACAUGUACAAUGUAAGCGAGUACCUAGCACUAGAGCUACUCCACACGGCACAACGCCAAUCGCCGCGACACCCGGGGCUACCGCGCGGUCUUGUGGCCAUCUUGUUGUACUAUGAUGGCAGGAGGGCUCUUGUACAGGCGUUGAAAGAGCUUGUCAUGGCUCGGGACGGUGUGUGUUGGUCAAUAAACGCCCGCGAGGAGAUAAUAUCGUACGUGUCCCGCUACGUAGAGCAGCUGAUAGCGGACGGGUUGCUAGGCAACGCGAUGGACGCGCUGCGCCGCUUCACGCUGGACGGCGAGAUGGAGCUGCUGCAGAACAACCGCGCGCUGCCGCCCGGCAGGCAUCACGCCACGCUCAUCACUGCUAUGGAGAGUACCAGAAAAUUACUGGCAGGAGUAGUAUUCGCGGCGUCAGCACAGAGAGGACUCAGCAGAGACAUUAUUCUUAGGAUUAUAUCAGAGCAAACAACGUCACCGACGCAGGGUGCGACAGGAGCGCUUGACGAAAUAUCGCUCGGCUUGCAAAUGGCGUUGCUGUAUGCACUCGACUUGUCUGUAUUGCAUAGACGCGAAGACGGCGAAGAACUAGCAAAGAAACUCCCCCUCAUCCAAGACCCAGAACUCAUCUCCGUUCUCCUAGACGAGCUCUCCCGUCCCACCGAGGGUCGAGGAGCCGGAGUCAGGGCACUAUGUCAACUGUCAUUGGGCCUGGCUCUAGCGGCCUUGAAGAGAGCCCCACAGUCAUUACUGCGGAGGGCUACGGCACCCCAUCUGAAUUGUGAUUUACUAGACCAGGACGAGAUGCUUGUAGAUGCUGCUAUUGAUGGCAAGGUAUUCGAGUAUCUAGACGAGGCGAUUCUGUCCACAGACUUGGUAUCGAAGGAGGAAUAUUACCAGCGGCGCAUACACACGCUUAUUACAGACUUUAUCGUACUGAUGCAUUCCAAACUCAUGGAGAUGAGAGUCAAAGCCGACGAAGCCGCCCGCGCCGUCCAAAUGUACGCGGCUGAAGGGCUAACAGCCCCCGGCGGUACUCGUACACGACUGGACGCACUAUUACGCUGCGUGGAGCGUCUAUACGCGCGGGACCCGCGGGGCCUGCGCCACGCCUACUGGGAGGCGGCCUCCGGGACCGCGGCCCGUGCCUCCGGCAGGGCUGCUACACUCUACAAGUUCGUCCGUCUCUCCGGAGAAGUGCUCUGUGGUGCUUUGUUAGCGGCGUAUUUGAGAGCGUUGGCCAGUUUAGCGGUACCGAGGCAUACUUGGGCGCUGUUGGCGAAGAGGGAUGCCUUGUCCGCGUAUCAUUUGUUGACGGCGCUUUCUAGAUAUCAUAGCAAUCUCCGUGCGGAUCCUGCUCCAUUCUCGGAGCAUGUGCACGCGUCGUCGCUGGGUGCGUCAGCCAUCGUCACCCCCGCCGCCCGCCCCGGCAAGAUGCUUGUACGGCAGGAAGAGGUAGAAGCGCUAAUAGCGGCUCUGAAGCUGAUAGCUCGCGUGGCGCGUGAAGACCACGCCGCUUGCGCCGCCAUCUGUGAGAACUUGCAGUGGGAUGCUGUUAACUGCAUGUUUGGUCUGAUCUGCUGCCACAUCCCUCUGCAACUGAAGGCGGAGCUGUGCCUGACGCUGGCGGCGCUGGGCGGCACGGCGGGCACGGCGGGGCGGGUGUGGGCGGGGCUGGAGGCGGCUCGUCUUGUGUCGCCGAAUAACGACAAGAGGGCGCUUAAUGCUGAGCUGCAUGAGGUGGAAUGUCGCAUAGAAGAGUACCCUCUCUCCCGCGCAUUCCUCACGCUCCUAGACUCGCUGUGUGCGGCGGCGCCGCUGCCGCGCGCGCUGGGUGCCGGGGCGCGGGCGCCAGGCUUGGACCCCUACGUGGAGCACGCGCUCAACAGGCUCGCCUUGCCGGCGCCGCAUAGACCCUAUGCUAAGCCUACUGAGAAGUGGCAGAUGCUAUCCCUCUGCUUCCGUCUGUUCGCUCGCUGGCUAGAACAAUACGAGCCGUCUCCGUCCGACUUCCCGCCGGUCGGCCGCGAGCCGGACACGAACCCGCCGCCCGGCUUCCGGCUGCUGCUGCAGCUGCACACCAAGUCGGAACUGCUGAGGCUGUUGCUGACUUCGUUAGAUGAAGCCCACGAGCUGCUGGAUAGACCACCACAACCUGCUAAGGAGUUCAUAGAGCAGAGUCUGAUCAGCAUACUGCAGAUCUUGGAGCGAGCACUAGCGUUGGAGCGGCCGUUGCUGACGGCCGCGGCUGAUGCCGGCCGAUCUGUGCUCAUUGUACCUCUAUCCAAGCUUAUAUUGGCUCCGGAGGGUCCUGACAAUAACUGCCGCCUGGUGACGUGCUGCAAGGUGCUGCAGCACGUGAGCCGGCUGCCCGGCGCCUGCGCCCGCGCCGUGGCGCUGCUGUGCCGCGCGCUGCGCAGCCCGGCCGCCGCCCGCCACCUGCUGGCCUCCAUCACGCACAGGCAUGCGCUCGCGGCAGAGAUCAGAUACGGUUUCGUGGAAUGUCUAGAGGCUGAAGAAUGGACGGCGUCCAGUACUGACGGUGACCAGGAGAACAGCGUGCGACAAGCCAAGGAAGGCAUACUGAUGUUGUUGCAGCAUGUGUUGCCUACCGCGCCACCGAAUCUCGCGCACUUCUUGUUGGGAUACAAUCUUACUGAUGUGGUGAGCCGCAGCACGCUGUGCGAGGCGGGCGCGGGCGGGUACCCGCGCACGUGCCUGCACGCCAUCCUCGACAUCCUCGAGCAGCACGUCGCCGACCACAACCAGCAGCACAAAGAGGCGAACAACCUUGUGGAGAGCUGCUACCGGCUGGUGUACUGGCUGUGCGCGCGGCCCAACACCUCCGCGCCCAUACUGCGCUUCCUGCGCACACGGGACUACUUCCUCUCCCGACAUGUUAAGGCCACUGUUGAUCUCAAGUCAGCCUCAGUAGUGACGCUAUCAGCGCGGUCGUGGGUGCUACGGGCAUGCGCGUGCGAGGCGGGCGCGGCGGGGCGCCAGCACGCGGCGCUGUCCGCUCUACUCACUGCGCUCACGCACACCGCCCAUCAUCCUACACAGGAAUGGGAAUGGUGCCUGCUUCGUAGAACAUUAGAAGAGCUGCCAGUAACAGUGGAAGCGACGCCGGAACCUCGUUGGGAGUUAUUCCAAGCUCAACAACUACGACAAGCCAUCGCGUCGUGUGACUUGCCUACUGGUCUGGGCGGCAAGCGCAUCAGUGUAUCCCGCGUACAUGCUCUACUGACGCGCGAGCUAGCCGCACUACACGCCACCGCGCCGCAGAGGAACCUUGUCGCCAAUGAAAUACAGAAGGUGCUAGACUACGUAACAGAAGUGAACAGACAGCGCAACCUAGCGGCCACUCUCACUCACUACUACGACUCCUGGCGACAACUCACCGAGAUCCUCUUCUGCGUCGCUCCCCACGACAUCCUCAGCCUCGAAUCACGGAAGAAUCUACUCCUCAACAUCCUACAGGACCUUCUAAACAAGAUCCCACCAUCUGAAGUACUACCACAGCUUGGAAACUUAGCCUCAGGAACAGUAUUACUACUCCUAGUCAAUCUACGACACUGCUAUAUUCUACAGAAGAGAGAAUCUAAUCAGAAGUCGUCGGAAUUCGAAAUGAGCUUCUUCGGACCUUCAAACCAGAUCAUGCAAACAAACUCCCUCACACUGAAAUUUAUCCUACAUAAGAUACUAUCCUGGAUUUUGGUAUCAGGAGGAUCAACGCAGAAAAUGAGAGUGAACUUAUACGGGGCGUUAUUAAACUACUUAAAUAUUGUGAAUUUGAAGUCCAGUGCCGCAGAUCCUGAAGAAGAAAAUGUGUCAAAUACUUACGUUAGUCGAUUAGAUAGUUCAAAAGCCCGGCCUAGUCGUGAAGAGUCGGCAUUAAAAUCUAUGGUGAUCGAUGUGAUCAGUGAGUUUGGUGAGAACCUAUGUUCUAUAGUCUGUGGGGACUGUAUUGGGGCUGGUCAUGAUGUCUGCAGGAUGGUAGCACUGGCCUGCUUGGAUACGCUUAUUGAGAUUAAUCCUAGGACAGAUUGGAUGAAUACUCUGACUAAUCAGGGCUACUUGAGAAGUUUGAUUGAUAGUUUAUUGCAAGAUGAUGAGGGGUUGAAGGAGACACUAGAACCAAACCCAAAAUCUCUUCGCGUGCUGUACGUAUACGAAUCCAAGAUGGGUCUUCUAAUAAAGAUGGCGGGCACCCGCGCCGGCGCAGAGACGCUACUGUCGCAGGGAGCGCUCGGCUGUCUGGCGUCACUCACUGCGCUAGACAAGCAUCCUGACAUACAUACUGGGUUAGGAAGUCACCAGGAUACGGAGUUUGUGCCUUCUGUCGCUAAUAGAUUCCGUCAAAUCCUAGUCCCGGCGCUGGCCCUGUGCGACGCGCUACUAACGACGCUAGGUCCGCAGAACCACAGCUGUGUGCUGCACGUGACGCACGCGUUGCUCAGCCACGUCGAGUGCAUCGACGCAGUACUCAGAGCGGCGCACCCCAACUCGCCCGUAGAACUCCUAAUCGAGGUCGAAGCGAUCACUUCCGUGAUCGGGCGCGCCGCCAACCGCGAGGUGUUCGGCGGCGUCAGCGGCGACGAGCCCACCGCGCUGCAGGCCAGCGCCGGCGCCGCGCAGAGAGUGCGCUGGCUGCUGCUGGCGCUGUUGGCGAGGUUCCAUCGACCCGCGCCUGAUGUGCAGGAUCAGGGGCAGACUAAUCUGCUGUACUAUAAGAUCGUAUGCAACCUCCUAACAUACGCGCGCAACACGUUAGGCGAGGAGCAGACCGGCGAGCCGGGCGAGUGCGGGCGACUGUUAGCCUUGCUGCAGCACCUGGUGCAAGCGCACGGACACCACGAGAAGCUGCUGGCCACCACCAGGCAUCAGCUGCAUAACCUGCCCACUAUGAGCUUAGAUGACAUGCGCAAGCUAGUCCCCGGUUCAGACGACACCCUCUCUCCUGCGGAGUGGCGGUCCCGCGCGGCCGCCGCGCUGACGGCCCGCGUGCGGACGCGGCGCCAGGCGCUGGGAGCCGCGGCGCAUGCGCUGGAGGCGGCGGCACAUCUGCUGUGGGCGAGGGCCAGGCUGCUGCUCAGGAAACAUCUGCCUACUGAUGAUAAUGAUAACUCAAUGUUGAACACAUCGAGCGGCUGGCGCAGCAGCGGCGACGAGGUGCCCGAGCUGCGCAAGGAAAUGAUAGCUGUCUUCAACGAUAGGUUUACUGAACAACUGCUCGAUACUGCUAAGAACCAGCCGCAAAUACAUCGCAGUUUCUUAGAGAUCCUGGUGAAGGAUAUCAAGACCAUGAUCCAGUUCUCUCCGCUCUGAACUAGUUAUGUUAAUUAAUGUUAAUCUACUAAAAUACGAAAUUGUCUCGUUGGAUAAUAAAUAAAAUUAAUUUUGUAAUGA